AUGUCUGCUGUAGGCACUCGGCGUGCGCAGGCGUCUCAAGGAGGGCUGGCCCGGCUGGUGUCCAAAUUCGAGAACCUUGGAGCCUCAAAGCCGCCUCAAGACAUCGGAUCAGCAUACGAGGCCCGAGAUUACCCAACUCUCGCUUCCAAGUUUCCAGAUGCUCCGUUGGUGCAAGAAAACCCAAGAGAUAAGGCGGUUGGUGCAUCGAGAACCGUAACAUCGCCAUCUCUGGCUCCUAUGAGCGCUUCUAUAGCCACACAGGAUCGGUUGGAACCGCGCCUCAGAAGCUCCCAUGUUGUAGACACAGCCACUCCAUUGUCUAAAACUGGGAAAUUAAUCUCACGGAGAGGUUUGGCCGUUGCAGAUAUGAGGAGAUUGUUCGAGCAAGGACUUGAUGAGACUGCUAAUUCCAAUGUCGCGCGAACGGCUACCUAUGAACCUAAACGCAUCACUUCACCUACCGUGACCAACGAGUGCAGUCACCAUAUAACAGCCUCCCACGCGAAAGCUCCCAUGAAAGGACCGUCGGUUAUAACCGAGGUCGAUGCUCUAGUGAAGCCGGAUCUGCAAGAAGAGAGAGACGUUCCUGAUCUGGCAUCCAUUCACCGACAUGUUGAGCAUCCCGAAUAUCUGCCACGGCCACUCGCUUCGCCCGAUCGCUCGUCUCGACACCUGUUGGAGAGUCAAGUUGGUAUCGAAGACAGUAAAAGCACCUGGCAAAGAAAUGAGCCCCGAUUCAAGCUACAGGGCGGUGUGUUUUUACACAAGACCCCUUCUCCGCUCAAAAAUAUGGUUGUUACAGAAAUAGGGACUUGGCACCCAAAGGCUUGCGAUACAUCGGAAGCGGUUUCACACCCCGAAGGCAGAAGCCUGAGAAGUGACGACCAACGAAGGAAGGCGGAUGAUCUAGAGCUGUUAGAAAACCUACAGCCUGGUGUGACCCUCUGCUACCCAUGCCACGACGCCGUGCUAUCAUCGAUGACUUAUACUGAUAGCUAUGCUAAAGAGCCGAGGGGCCCGCCAUUGCCCUUGUCCAAAUCGGUUCCCUCUCAGCAGUCAAAAGUCUCAAACCUCCGGCGAAAGUUCGACAGCGCGUUGCCUUCUCCACAGACACCGCCACGGCCGAUUGCUGCCCGUCAGGGUUCCGAGCGGCAGGCUUUUACACAAGAUGGCUCCCACCUACUACGUUCAGGGAAUUUCUCUGCAAAAGACCGGAGACUCAAAGAGACGAUUGGUCUUUUUGAGUCCAUGAGCCAUCAAGCCAAUAGAGAAGACAGAUUCGGGCAUAUUCCCAAGAUAUCUUCGUCUCCGACAUUCCGAAGGACUGCCGCUUCGAAGAGUAAGCUUGCUGGCGACGCGCCUGAGCAGGCAGUCAUCAAAGCCUGGGACGGACCACCUCCCCCAAGACUGUUGUCACCGGUAGCAAAUGGACCUCCACGUUCAUAUAAUCGGUCGCCAGGUAUGGACAGUAUCAGCAGCCAGGCAAGCGACUUAAAGCCCUUACUCUACACCAAGCCAUCCAUGAUCAAGAGAAAUCGCCACGGGAAAAACUUUGGAACGCUAAUUAGAUCUGAUUGGAGAAGAAAGACCAAGUCGAGCUCUGAAGAUGACGGGCAGCAGAUCUUCCCCGUGCGGCGCCAAGGUUACAAUGUCGACGGCGAGGGAGGCGCCGAUUUUGAGCAGAAAUAUCAGGAGAUUUCGCGUGAGGAGACAUGGACGGAUGACAGCGAGGCUUCCUCUACUAUACAAAAACCUAGCAUUGCGGACCGCCACCCUUCUCUUCGCCUUUUGCGUCGGCGUUUGAUGUCUCGUAGCCAUGGGUUAUUUGUUUCUCAGGUUCACUGCGCUCUUGAACAACCCCAGCCUGUGCGAGGAAAAGAAUUACGAAGUCUUACAACUCUCUGUAGAGAGAGAAUGGCUGCGUUGAGGGCACGGGCUCAGACGGAGUAG